UAUAAAUAUAUCUAAAAAUUACUGUGCAGCGCAGGAGUAUUACACUGAUUGUUUACCAAAGGGAAUGGCCAUGGCCUCUGAGACAAACCGUUGCAAACAUGGAGGGUUCAGUGCCAAAUCCGUUGGACUGAAAACCAAUUGAACCAAUGUUUACUGCAAACAUACAAGAAAAUGUCUUCAAUGCUCGGAUUUACUCUCAUCAGCAUCUCAUCGGAGGAAGAUCGGAGGUCUUCCAAUGAUCCGGCGGGGCAUGACGGAAAGCCCUGCUCCCGAACAAGAAAAACCCGAGCGCGUGACCCGCAACAGCAACCAGAAACGUGCCGGCGUUGAAGCUCAUCACCGCCAGCAUCACCAUGUAGGCCAACCCGACCCGAACCGCGUGCAUAGCCGUCUGAGCAAUCCCGGCGGCGACGUGGUUGGAGCUUUCUUUGAGAAGCUUGCAAUUGGAGAGCCACUCGACGAAGACGGCGAGCACGAAGACAAACAAAAGGGCCAGCAAGUACAUGCCCAGAUUGUCGUAUCCGGGCCAACCCGGGAACAGGAUCUCGGUGUUCUUCCCCCAGAAGAAGGUCAUGUGCAUCAUCAUGUGGUGGGGGCGCAUCGCCGGCAUUCCUCCGCCCGCCGCCGUGCCGUUUGUCAUAUUCAUAGCUCCGGCAGCCCCGGUGUGAUUCAUGUUCAUAACUACUCUGCAGUAUGAUUUGAUAAAUCUCUAUAUUUUGGUUUUGGGAGAUGUAUAUAUUAUUAGAGCAGAAAUAGGCAGAGAUUAUUACGUAUAAAUGGUUUACUAAAUCUAGAGUUAUUUUGUUUGGUGAUAUGUAGUACAAAUUUUUCUAAUGUGUGUAGUACAUGAUGAGAAUUGUACAACUACGUAACAGAGGAGAAAUUAUCAGUGAAUAUCGGUAUAAUUAG